UCUGGUCGUUUGUUUAUACCCUGAUCAUAAUAUUGAAAAGUAAAUUAAAAAGCAGGAAAAUGGAUUUGGAUCUAACAAGAGAUGAUAUGAUGAAGGAGCUCAAAAAGAGGCAGAUAUAUCUGCCCGAUGUCGAAGGUCUGCCGUUGGAUCGGUUGGAGGAUAUCUACCGCAGAUUUGUGAUCCCCAGACCUAGGAGGGAGCGAGAACCACGCGAUCGGGGUGCCCAUCCCAAUACCAAUCCCAUUCCCAUGGAAAUGGAACAGUUGACGCAGCGCAUCAAGUCGGUGGCCAUGGUGGGGCAGAAACGACCACUGCAGGAGAAUCCCAGCGACGAUAGUCCCAAGCAAAUCAAGAUGGACCUGCGCUGACCUCUCAUUGAGAAC